AUGGCAUCCGUGCUUCCCAGUCUUUGCAUCCGAGAGAUACUUCUCGACCUAGAUGGUGAUUGGGCAACUCUGCAUGCCUGUGCACUAAUAAAUCGGCAUUGGUGUUUAUCAUCCAUUCAAGAAAUUUGGAGGAACCCUUUUUGUCUUGAUCGUGCAAAAGAAUCACGCCACAUUCGACUGAUCACCACCUACAUCAAAUGUCUACCUCGGUCAUAUCAAGAGAUGAUGGGUGUGGUUGCUACCACGCCUUGUGCUUUCAACUACUUUAGAUUCCUCUCCCAUCUGAACCCCGAGAAAAUUCGAAUUAGCAUAAAACUUUGGGCGGAAGCUAAUAAAAAUAAGUUGGAGGAUGCGUUGUUUGGAAUUUUAUGUCAGCAAUUCAUCAGUCACUCAAGUAUUGAGAGUGUCCAUUUAGCCAGCUCACGGAUAGUAAACAUAUUUGAACUUCCUGGUGCCGAAACCAGUUUGGCGAGAAUUCGAAAAUUCGAAUGUUACGGAAGUUCACCGGAGUUAUUGACCUCUGCUGCCAGGAUAUCCAAGGACAUUUAUCAAUUCAAACUUUCGCUCACCAGUGAAAUGAAUUUUGCGGCGCAAUUGAUAAGAGCGCAACGUAAGGUUCGGAAAGUUUCGAUCGGAUGUUGUGAAAAAGGAUUUCAUGCAAUUUUUGAUAGUAUCGCGAUGCACGCAGGAUCGAUGGUUUCCCUUCGACUCAGCUCGAUAGAUUUCAGAACACCUUUUUCGCUAAAUGCCCUCGACAAUUUUCGAGGUCUCGAAGAAUUAGAAUUUGACUAUUGCAAAUCUUUCUCGGUAACGAUAGGCGAGUUCAGUCCUUCGUCGUUCACCAGAAUCAACAAACUGUCGGUGACGAUGUGCAAGCAAUUCCCCACGGAAUUCCUGACACACGUCUUCAGUCAGUCCAAGGAAAGGGUGCGACAUGUGGAACUGAUAGGUAUAAAACAUUUCCGUGAGGUCAUAGAGAGUUGUAUCAGUAAUUGUCGGAAGAUGACAAAAUUUAGGGCAUCGAUUGAUGCAUCGCGAGGACAAUGCGUAAUUGAUUUAUUGAAAAAUUGCGUGAUGAUGGAGGACGUUCAUCUCGAAGAUGCAAAGUUGGUGCACAAUUCGUUUCCGUCAUUAUUUCUCAUACCUUCGACGAUCGAUGGAAACGAGUUUCUUAAGGAGUUGGGAAAAGUGAUGCCAUCAACGGUACACACAUUUAGGUACAAUUUGAAUUGGAAUUUUGACCCCGAAAGUUUAAAAGAAUUUUUUGACAAUUGGGGGAUCAAAAGAUUGAGAAUGCUGGACUUUAACCUGUGCAAUUUCAUUUCUGACGAACAUUUGGAGGUGGUGUGCCAAUGCCUUGGCGAAGGAAGGUUGGGGAUGAUGAUUUUACAGGGGAUCAAUGUUUCGGAACGAUGUAUCAAAGAGGCGAGUAAAGAGAUCGGAAAUAUCCUGUGUUCGGAGAAAUUUUAA